CGAAAUUAGUUCUAGUGAGUCUGUGAAAGUGUGAGCGACUGCGAGGCGCGAUCAAUUGGCAAACAACCGCAAGCGGAUCAACUGCUCCACACGCCACUCCACGCCACGCCGAAUAUAUCGUUGAAUAUAUAAAAAGCGGACUACCCCGUAAACAACAGCAACAAAUCAUCACGUGCAACAUGUCGCAUCAGUGCAGCUGCGGUCGCGACCUCAACAACAACUACGUCUCGUACACGAACGCCUACGCCAAUGCAAAUGCCUCGUUGGACCGCGAGGCGGCCACCAGCGGCAAGUCCGGCGGUCCGCCGCGGGCCCAGCUGACGGCCAAGGUGAUGUUCGGCACGGUGGGCGCCAUCAAGGAGCUACGCGACAAGGAGCAGCAGCAGCAGCGGCAGGCAGCGGCGGCACGAGCGGGCGAGCGGCGCAACUGAUGGGGUGGGGAGGGGGCGGAGCGGGGCCGAACGAACGGCCGCUGGAGCGGUCGAGUGCUGUGCUGUGGGUUGUCGGCGGGGGAUCUCUGGCUGAUCGGAAGAAGAAGGAUAACAAGGAGAUUUGGAUUGAACGGAAGGAAUUCUGGACUUAUCGUAAAAAACUCGCGAGCCAGGUGAUUUACUUUUGUCAUAAAGGAAUCCCGCAACUUGCAAGAUUCUAAAAGUAAUCCAAGUAGUUCGAAUCGUUUGGUCACUGAUGACUCAAAUGGGUGGUCCCUGGAUCACGUUAGAGGCUUCAAAGUGUUGGCAGGGGACGGGGCAAUCUGUGUAACUACAUUCCUUCUCAAAAAAAUAUCCAAAAACCAACAAAAAAAAACAAGUACAUCACAUAUUUAUACUCUUUUUUUGUCUGCCACACUAUCUCUAACUCUCUCUCUCUCUAUCUCUAUCUCCUGUAAGCUUCAGCGGAACUCUAUAAUUCAAUGUAAAUUGUUUAUUACAUAUAUUUAUACAUAAUCUACUUAGUGCAAUACCUUAGCUAUACACAACAAAAACACAAACACACGGUUAGCCUUAAGUUUGUUUUAUUUUGUAAGUGCACACACGCAUACACUCACUCAUUCUACAAUGUUGUUUAAUUUUGUUUUGUUGUUUACGCGCUCUGCGAGUUUUGGGCUGCGAGUCUGGAGUCUUCCAGGUGCUUCUCUGCAGCUCAAAACGCAAGGCACGUAAGCCACACACACCCCCAUAUCCAUGUAAACCAUAUAAAUAUAGCUACACCUAUGUCUAAUCUUUAAUACCCCUACUACUGUUAUUACUUUUAAUAAUCAUAUUGUAUAUGCCGCACGAAGAGACGAAACUUAAAAUUAUUCCUCCAAAUGGGAUGGUGUUUGCUCAAGUGAUUUGUACUAAAAUGGAAGCGAAAUAAAUUUAAUCGCAAAUUGAAGCUCAAUUGAAGUGCUGUAGCUGUAAAUGGCGAAUGUUUCGAGAGAGCGCAAGCGAAGCAUCUACAAUAUGUUUAUUAUACCUAUUAAAAAUAAUAUUAAAAUGUAUGUCUACUUGUACAUCUAUUUAUAGAGCUAAUCCCCAACAAAGGCGAAUAAAAAUCGAACUUUUAAUAAACUGAAUAAGCUGAAAA